UCUCUCUCCCUCUCUCUCUCUCUCUCUUCAGUCCGGUUGCUGCGCGUCUCCUGAGCAGACAUUAGACCGUCUCCUCGGUUCUCCGGUGUUUAUUCGUGAGAAGCGGCUCGUGAUGCGCGGUUUAUCGGUUCUUCAGCUGCUGCUCGUGACGCUGAGCGCGAGAGAAGCGCGGGAGAUCGGUGGCGGGAAUCUCCUGGAAGACGAGCAGCAGUGGCUCUCAACGGUCCACCGCUACAGCCGCACCGUCCAACACUGGAACCGCUUCAGAGACGAUGACUACAUCCGUACACUUGAAGGUCCACGGGCUUCAGAUGAAAGUCUGGACACCACAAAGGAUCCGUGUCAGAAGGUGAAGUGCAGUCGUCACAAGGUGUGUGUGGCUCAGGGAGAUCAGAGAGCGAUGUGUGUGACCCGCAGGAAGCUCCAGCACCGUGUCAAAGAGUCUGGACUGAAGCCUCACGCUAACAGCUGUAACCUCUGUUCAGAAAUGACCUCCACACCUGUGUGUGGAUCAGACGGACACAACUACAACUCACAGUGCAAGCUGGAGCAGCAGGCGUGUUUGUCGGGGAAGGAUCUGUCCGUUCUCUGUUCUGGUUCAUGUCCUUGUAUCAGUGCUGGACCUCCUAAUGCAGAACCCAAGAUCAAGACGAAUCCAGAGACGUCACCUGAAGCCAAACCAGAGCUCUGCACUGGUCAGGAUUUGGCAGAUUUGGGCGACAGACUCCGAGACUGGUUUCAGCUUCUCCACAGAAAUGCAAAACAGAACAACUCUGGAAGACAAAGCACAGCAACAGUGUUUGACCGGGGGCUCGUGGCCGGCUGUAAGGACUCCAUCGGCUGGAUGUUCUCCAAGCUGGACACCAGUAAUGACCUGUUCCUGGAUCAGUCCGAGCUGGCCGCUAUAAACCUGGAGAAGUAUGAAGUGUGCAUCAGGCCCUUCUUCAACUCGUGCGACUCGUAUCGCGACGGGAAGGUGUCCACGGCAGAAUGGUGUCUGUGCUUCUGGAGAGAGAAACCUCCAUGUUUGGCUGAAAUCGAGAGGAUUCAGAUACAAGAGCCGUCUAAGAGGAAACCGGGCAUGUACAUCCCCAGCUGUGAUGAGGACGGUUAUUACCAGAAGCUGCAGUGUGACCGCAGCCGUGAUGAGUGUUGGUGUGUCGACCCUCAUGGAGCCGAGGCCCCGGGGUCCCGAAUCCACGGACACCCAGACUGCGACGAGCUGCUCAGCUCUGGAGAUUUCAGCAGCGGCGUCGGCUGGGAGGACGAGGAGGAGAAAGAUGUGGAUGAGAACGCAGAGGAAGAAGAAGAAGAAGAGGAAGAUGAAGAGGAGUCUGACGACGGCGGAUACAUCUGGUGAAACAUCUCCAGCAUCUGCUGACCGCUGCACCUGAUCUACUUCUGCUUCCUGAAGCAUCCCACCAGCGCCCGAGUCUGCAUUUCACUGUUUUUCAUUUCUGUCAUCGCUUUAACAGAUUCAGAUGCACGAAAGACUCAAACUCUGCGAAGCCUGGAGAUUGAUGCGUCAUCAUUAACAGGGUAUUAGGGUUUAUUUGAGGGGAUUUAUGCAACAGAACUUGGUUUCUGAACCUCUGGAGAUCAGGUUUACACUCACUUUACAGACCUUUAUCUGUGUGAACGUGACUAUAAUCAUGAGUUUCAGCUUCUGGCUCUCUAAAAAUCAUGUUCUUAUGCACUAAAAAUUACAGACAUAAUGCAUGUUCCCUACAUUAAUGCUCCGACACGAUCAGAGAGUUACUGAUAUUUCCGAUACGCUCAUAUAAACAUUUAUGAUGCUUGCUUUCUGGAGCAGCU